AUGGCAAGUCGUAUGGCUCCUUGGCACCUCCGCCAAUUCCACCGGAGAGCUUCGUCACAUCGAGUGGGCAAUGAGUCAGAUGGUACCAAGAAGCAUGAAAAUACCCUUCUCUCCCUGGGAAAGGACACUCAAUCGGCGCAUGCGAUCUUUAGCAAGGCUCCCAGCGACUACUUUGAAUGCAGUCAGAACGGUGGCUUUAUCGUCCAAGAUGGGAAAACAGUGACGGGGAAGAUUGAUGGAGACGAAGUAGUUUUUGAACUACGAGAAGAUGUAUCACAGAAACCCACUACAGAUCGAACCCAACGUUUUGACGACAGAAAUUUCAAAUCCAUCAACAACGAACCCUCUCGAUGGGAUAUCCGUGGUCUUUGGUUCAUUGAAGAAGACAAAUGUUGUGGUGAUCCUGAUAUGAGCUUUCUAGAGGUAUUCGACUAUGCCGUUCAGACUUCUUUUACUAUUGGAUACGGAGGGUACGUCCCUCAAGGUAUCUGGUCCAAUUUCUUGGUGGUAUUGAUCAGCUUAUUUGCCAUAAUGCAGAUUGGAAUAUAUACGGGACUGCUAUACUUCAAGUUUUCAUGUCCCGUAGCUAAAAUUCAAUUCUCGGAUGUCAUGACACUAUCCAAUGUCAAUGGGCUUCCGUGCAUCGAGCUACGAGUGGGAAAUUGCGAUGGAUCCAGAAACAACCUGAUUGAUGUUUCAGCUCGAAUGACAUAUCAAUACACCAUCAAGUACAUGGACGAAAAGGGCCACGAACGAAUGUUUGCUCAGACGGAAGAACUCAUGUUACUGGCCGAUCGACGCUUCGAACUCCGAGAAGUUGUAUGGACGCUGAGGCAUGUCGUGGAUGAACACUCUCCAUUGUAUGGUUUGGAUCUUCUAGAACCACCCGGCAGCAACAUUGUUCAGUUCGACGUGUGCAUCAAUGCAACGCAAAAGAUCACUGGGGCGCCUGUCUUUGCCCACACUGGUUAUGAAAUUGUGGACGUCAUGAUUGGACAUCGAUUUGUCGAUCAAAUUGAAUAUGAUCGCGUCACCAGAUCUGGGUUCUGUGACUAUGCCAAAAUGGACGACACGGUUCCGCAUCCAGUGUGGUAUCCUACGGCAAGGCGGCAGGCUAAGUAG